AGUAGGUUGCUGGCGGUGGCGGGGAGAGGAACACAGAGAGAGAGAGAGGGUGACAAUGGAAGGUUUCGAGUGAUACCUGUAAUUAAGAGUGACCAGGUCUGAAGUUUACCUGCCGAAACACGAGAACAGGUGUGCGUGUGUGCGUGUGUACGUGUCCGUGGGUGUGUCUGCACGCACGCACGUACUCACGCCAUAUUAAAGAAUGAUAGUGAUGUAAAGUGAAUAUCUGCUACUACUACUACUACUACUACUGCUACUACUGCUGCUACUACUGCUGCUGCUACUGCUGCUGCUACGCCUACUUCAUGAAUUCAAAAUGAGAAGUGAGACAACAGAAAGAGGGAAGAGGGAGAGAAAAGAGGGAGGAAGUAGAUCUCUUCCUCCCCUCCACCCCCCUCCCUCCCCUCCAGCCCUCCGCCGGCCGCCCCUCCCCCUCUCCUUCCUCCUAGGACCCCUCCUCCUCUUCCUCCUCCUCCUCUUCUCUCUACCAGAAGGCUGCCAGGGGAUAGAUUGCUUCAAGUGUGUGUCAGUGAACGGGGACAAUCCAGGUUGCGAGGACCCGUUCCACAACAAUUAUUCUGUCACAAUGCUGGAGAGUCCGUGCAUGGCAGGACGCAAGGGGCGGGAGGGUCUCUUCCCCGCCACCGCCUGCAUCAAGCUGGCUGGCGUGUAUGAUGAGUCGAGGGAGCGCAUCGUGAUCCGCUCCUGCGCCCUGGACAGCGGCACGCUCACCACGGACACAGAGAUAAUACGUAUGUCUCACUGUGGAGGCAUUGUCUUCAACGGCAAAUACGUGAAGGGGUGUCUGCAAAGCUGUGACGACUACGAAGGUUGCAACUCAGCGCCUCCUUCAGGGACCUCGCACUCCUACAAUCAGACACUUGUAGCAGCCCUCCUUAGCCUCCUCCUCCUGCAGCGUUGGUCUUAGCACCCCCUCCUCCUCCUCCGCCGCCGCCUCCUCUUCUUCUGCAGUGUCCAGCCCGCCGUCAGCGCUUCGGAGGGCGUGAAAAGUGUGUGUUGGCGUUUUGAGUGGAGUUGGAGAGAUCCUGUCUAGGUGGUUUGGUCUGGCUGGCUGACUGGCUGGCUGGCUGACUGACUGGUUGACCGGUUAACUGGGUGAUUGGGUAGUUAGGUGGGUAGCUGGCUGACUGAAUGACUGGUUGACUGACUGACUGACUGGCUGGUUGGCUGACUAACUGGCUGACUGGGUGCGUGAUUGGUUGACUGGCUAACUGGCUGACUGAUCGACUGACUGACUGACUGACUGACUGACUGACUGACUGACUGACUGACAAAAUAAUUAUAAUGAAAGACUCGUAAAUGAAAAAAAAAAGUAAAUUGAAAAGAAAGAAAAAGGAAGAAAGGGAAAAAAAUAAGACGAAGAUUUGAAGACGGGGAGAGAAAAUAGGAAAAGUGAAGAAGGAAAAUAGUUUGAAUGAAUGACGAAUGAUAAGUAAGAAGAAAUGAGAGAGAAGGUAAUAGAGAAGGAAAAGAAGAAUGAGAGGAAUGAAGAAAAAACGUAGAAAAUAAAUAAAGAUGUGCUAAUAAUAAUAAUAAUAAUAAUAAUAAUAAUAAUGAAGGUUAAUGUGAAAAAUAUGAUAUGAAAGAAAAUUUUAGAUGAUUCAAAGGGAACAGGGGAAAAAAGAGAUAGAAAAUAAUGAUAAUAAUAAAAAUAAAUGAAAAUAUAUACAUAAAAGAAAUAUUUCGAUGUUUUUAAUGAGAGAGAGAGAGAGAGAGAGAGAGAGAGAGAGAGAGAGAGAGAGAGAGAGAGAGAGAGAGAGAGAGAGAGAGA